CCUAGACUUCGGAUCAUUAGAAAAAUCCCUUCAUUCAGAUGUGCGAGUGAUUUGUAUUCUGUACACUUUUAUUAGAAAUGGCUUUACAGUUUAAGUUCUAGCAUACUCAAAUCGCCAGAGUCAUGUGAUAUUGCGCUAAUUGACAAAUCUCUCUAUGAUUGGCCAGAAAAUCAUAUUUCGAAAAUUCGUUUGUGGGCUUCGGUUAACCCUAACCAAAAGUUUCUCAAAGCAACUUCAACAUUUUCACGACGACGAGACGCCCGACAACCACAAUCGACAACCACCCGACCCUUAUUCAAAAUGGUAUGCGACAAAUUCUUUGGAGAGAUGCUGUUAUUUAAAAUUGAGGGAGAAAGAUGGCUAACGGAUCAUCGCGAUUAGUCGUCCGGAAAAGUAAAGACUGGCCAACUUUGGUCCAAGAACAAGGCGGACCUCGCAAAGCAACUCGGAGAGUUGAAGACUGAGCUCGGUCAAUUGAGAACUCAGAAGAUUGCUGGAGGAUCUGCUGCUAAGCUCACCAAGAUGUGCGUAUUUGAACUAUAGUUACUCUCUCCGACCUGGUGUAGUCGAGAGGGGGUUUUUGAGAUACUGGAUCAACAAAAUGGAUACUAAUAAAAUUUACUUACAGCCACGACGUCCGAAAGUCAAUUGCCAAGGUCCUCACAGUCAUUAACGCCAACCAACGCGCACAACUCCGUCUCUUCUACAAGGGAAAGAAAUACCUUCCUCUCGAUCUCCGAACAAAGCAAACUCGUGCUAUCCGUAGACGCCUUAGCAAGCACGAGAAGGAGUUGCAGUUGGAGAAGACCAAGAAGAGAUCGAUGCACUUCCCACAAAGAAAAUUCGCCGUUAAGGUAUGCGAUUCCGCCGACUUUAGGGUCAACAUUCUGAGGAACAUUGGGACAUUGGAAGGGUAUUGGUGAAGGAUUUCUCGAAUUUAUUGCUAACUUGUAUUAGGCGGAAGCUUAGAUUUUCUGGAAGUAGGUGUUUAUGAUUGUGAGGAUGGCUGGCAUGGUGCCUUUUGCCUGGUUUGUUUUCGCACGGGUCACGGUGUAUCAUCGAAAAUAGCAUGGCUGGUAAAAAAGCCUUUCCAAUAAAUCAAACGAACUGAGCAAAAACAAACCAAAAGGUUCCUUUCGAUUUGGUGUGAUAUAUUGUGCGAACGGCUAGGCAGGGUUUGAAGUCGAAGGGGAGUUCGAGAAUUCUAUGGACAUAAUACCCAGGAACUUGCGACCAUCGAUAUUGGAAGGGCAUGCACAAUUGCAACAGUGAUUUUGAGCAAGCUGUUAUAUUUCACAAUUUGCUAUGGCUUAUGUUUGUGAAUUUGGUUCUGACUGGUACCUUUCACCGCAUGCUAGUGAUCUUCAUGAAGUUAAUGGACAGAAUUAUUCCAUGCCAUCUAUUCUCUU